AUGGUCGCCCAACCCAGACCGGGAACCUUCUCGCCGAGCCCAGCAGCGCACCCCAUCUACACUGGCAUCGCCCACUCCCCACAUCCUUCUCACGCCGCUGCGCUGAGUGCGGCUGCUAGCCCCAGUACCAGCAGCCCCACCGGGUCCAACUCCUUGACCAAGAUCGCAGUCGCCCAGGUCUACCUGCUUCUCAGCACCAUCAAGGAGGACAAGGAAGAUCCUCACAAGUGGGAGUCGCAACUAGAGUCUCUGCGGAAGCUACUCGAUGAACACGGCAUGGAUGUGUUUACAAAAUACUUCGCGCGACUGGUGGCCGCAAAUGCCUCUCAGAUAUUCCCCAGCCUCAACAGAUCCGGGGCGGCAAACAUGCAGGGGUCGAACCCGGGGAACCAUCACAUCCUCAAAGCCGAGAUGCGAAAGCUGUCGCGAGAAUUCCCCCAGGCCAGGAAGAUUGCAGAGUCUAUCGAAACCGGCAGCGAGGACAUCUUCCGCGAUUUCGACCUCUCCGGCUUCAUGGAACAUUUCCAACUAGAUGCUUUGGGGAAGACAGUCUUGGCUCUCGCUUUCAAGCUCGGGCCUAGGUCCGAUCUGAAGACCAAAGCCGAUGCCAUCCUGUCGACGAACUUCCCGACCUUCGUUAAUAUUCUGAGCCGGCCAACCGGUGACCCCACUACUGACCUAGAGCCCGAUUUCGUCGCCGAGCUCGUCGACCGCUUCAUCCAAGUCCACCCCCCGAAUUUCAAUGCCGCUGCGAAGCGAGAAUUGGAACACAAGGUGCAACAUAGAUAUGCCCAGUCUCCUGACGCGAAGCCGCCGCCCUCACAAGUGCUCGCCGCACUCGACCUCGUACGCAUGCUGGCCGACAAACCGGUCAACGCGCUGGCCCUCUAUAUCCAUCGCUCCGGUCUAGUAUUCACCCGAGAUGAGGAGUCGUGUACGGGAUAUCUUCAAAACCAUCCGACGAACGUCCACUUCAGCGAGGAACAGGUAUCCGUGUCAUUGAUGUACACGACCAUCAGCCAGACCCCGCGCCACAACCCUUCCGUUCUCGUCGCCUCUCUCAGGCGCAUCCUGCCUGACAGCUUCAGGUGGCAAGAGGUGGUGUCGUACUUCGACCACAGCGGGGCUCGGGUCACAUCGGCCCAAUUUCUACGUCUGUACAACGCCCUGCUACCGAUAGCACGGGAGGACAGUGAUCGGUUCAACAUCCAGCAACUGUGGGGUGGGGAGUGGGAGAACCCCGAAACACAGCUCUCCUUCAUUUGCGCUUUCGCAUCCCUCAAACCGGAACAGCUCGAUGCAACGACCGUCCCCGGGCUAAAGCCGACCUUCACGGUCCAAGAGUACGCGCAGUCCCCUCUUCCGAUACAAGAAACGGCAGCCUACGCAGUUAAGCACCCACUGGUCUCUGAGGCGGCCCUCUCUGCCGUCUUCAACGUUGCGCUCCACUCGAUGCACGCCUCUCAGAGCAUCGAAGCGAAGCGCCUCUUUCAAGACGUCGUUGUGCCCAAUUUAGCCAUCUUUGUUGUCUCGGCUUUCGGAGUGCCGAAGCCCUGGCCAAGCAUGGCCGAGGAUACGCUCGUUUCCCUCUUCGAUAACUUUCUAACCAGGUCGCCUGAAGCCGACUUCGUCAUGGAUAGCCUCUGGAGGAGAGACAAGGAGUGGGUCAAGCAGCGGUUAAUCGAUGCGCACGCCCUGAAGCCCAUCAGCCUACCGCUCAUCUUUGAGCAUGCGGUCCGCCAAAACUGGCUUGACGAGCUCGUCUACUUACCCAUCGGCUUCGGACUUGACUUGACUGCCUUGGCCCAUGCUGAAGGGUACCUCGAUCUACAGCAGUGGGCUCGGCGGAACGCUGACAGGAGCCCCGAAAUGGCCAGAGCCCUUCUGCAAUUUUUGGUGAUCAAGGCGAACUUCGAGCUGCAAUACCAGCGGCCCCCGGAAGGCCAACCUCCCGUCAAGGCGAGCACAACGUUGCAAGUCCGAACGGUCCAUGCGCUACUGCAAAUAUUGGAGGAGUUCUUACCCAAGUCGCCGAUGCAAGAGCUGAUCGUCGUUCAACGAACCUGCAUCACUGUGUAUCCAAGGCUCAUCAACUACGGGGAAGGCUUCGACGACAUCAUCGACGCGAACGGGCGUGAUGGGAACGCACUGCCGCUGGCCGCCAAUGCCAAAAUGGAAGAACAUUACAAGAAGAUGUAUGGCGAUGAGAUUCAGGUCCGCAACGUCGUCGAAAUCUUGGAGCGGUACAAGCGAUCUCGCGACCCCUUGGACCAGGACAUCUUCGCGUGCAUGAUACACGGCCUUUUCGACGAGUACGCGCACUAUGUCGACUACCCGCUCGAAGCACUCGCUACCACCGCGGUCCUGUUUGGCGGUAUCAUAUCUCACAAGCUGAUUUCUGAUCUCCCGCUCCAGAUCGGGCUGGGCAUGAUUCUCGAAGCGGUCCGAGACCACCAUCCCGAUGAGUCCAUGUACAAGUUUGGUUUGCAGGCUCUCAUGCAACUUUUCGGUCGCCUGCGUGAGUGGCCAGGUUUCUGUGCGCAGCUCCUCCAAAUCCCCGGCCUGCAGGGCACUGAGGCGUGGAAGAAGGCGGAAGAAGUAGCCCAGGAGCACGACGAGGAGCUCGCUCGGUCUCGCAACGGCACCAACCUAUCCAAUUCAGGGGUUCUCCGCCAUGACAGCCUGACAAACGGCAACCUAGAAGACGGCAUAGGGUCGGAACAGCACCCACCGCCUUUCGCCUCGGUCAACGUGGACCCGCCUCCGCUGGGCGUUGUCUAUGAGGAACCUAGCGAAGACGAGCAAGGGAAGAUCCAGUUCGUGCUCAACAACCUAACCGAUACCACGUUGCAGUCCAUGUUCGAGGAUAUCCACGAGAUGCUAGAAACAAGGCAUCAGCAGUGGUUCGCCAGUCACUUGGUCGAAGAGCGGGCGAAGAUGCAGCCAAACUACCAUCACGUCUACCUUGAACUCGUCAAGCAGUUCAAGGACAAGGCGCUUUGGGCAGAGGUCCAGCGAGAGACCUACAUAAGCGUGUCGCGCAUGUUGAACUCGGAGCUCACCAUGCAGAAUUCCACCGAACGGACGCAUCUUAAGAACCUCGGCGGUUGGCUCGGACUUUUGACCCUGGCACGCGACAAACCAAUCAAGCACAGACAUAUCGCGUUCAAGCAGCUUCUCAUUGAGGCUCAUGAUACCAAGCGCCUCAUCGUCGUCAUCCCAUUCGUAUGCAAAGUCCUGAUUCAGGGUGCCUCGUCAAACGUCUUUAAACCGCCCAAUCCUUGGCUGAUGGAUAUUAUCCAUCUCCUGAUUGAGCUCUACCACAACGCCGAGCUGAAGUUGAACCUCAAGUUUGAGAUUGAAGUUCUUUGCAAGGGUCUCAACCUAGACCACAAAGCCAUCGAGCCCUCCGGAGAGAUCCUCAAUAGGGCUCCCAUCGAAGAACUGGGCGACAUGCUCGGGCCGGAGGCGCUCGAGAACUUUGAAAGCCUCUCCCUCAAUGGCAUGCCCGGAGUCAACAGCUCCCUCUCAUCUCAUCCCGCCUAUACCAUACCGGAUCUUGGUCCAAACCUAUCGAUUCCUCAGACCGAGGUCGUCAGCGCUGCCAAGCUGCAUGACAUUGUGCGACAAGCCUUGACGCGCGCGUUGCAGGAUAUUAUCCAGCCCGUCGUUGAUCGUUCAGUCACGAUUGCGGCGAUAUCGACGCAUCAAAUGGUCCGCAAGGACUUCGCCACGGAACCAGAUGAGAAUAAGGUACGGACAUCGGCAAUUAAUAUGGUCAAGUCUACCGCCGGUAGCCUGGCGCUCGUCACGUCCAAGGAGCCGUUGCGCGCGAACCUCGCCAACUACUUGCGUAAUCUCUCCGCCGAUUUACCCCAGGGGCUGCCCGAGGGCAUAAUCAUGCUGUGUGUCAACUCUAACCUUGACCUGGCCUCGAGCAUCAUCGAGAAGUGCGCCGAGGAGCGUGCUAUUCCGGAGAUCGAAGACUUGAUGGAGGUUGAACUGGAGGCGCGACGGCGCCAUCGGGCCCAACGGCCCUCUGACCCCUACGUCGACCACGGGUUGAGCCGCUGGGCAAUGACCAUCCCCCACCCCUUCAAGCUACAGCCUAACCUCACCGGCCUCAAUGCCGAGCAGAUGGCCAUCUAUGACGAUUUCGCUCGCCAGUCAAGGGUGAUUCCUGCGGCGACAGGCCCCUCGCACGGGCCAUCUGCGUCGGAUACUCGGUCUCUGGCGAACGAGGCGCUCGGCGAUCAGUACAACACCGUCAGCAACAUGCCAACGCCCGCCGAAACGCCAUCCAUGCCUCUUUUAGGAGUACAACUGCAACACUAUCCCCAGACACACGCCGGGCUCGCCAAUGGCCGGCAGGCAGGAAUCAACCAGGUCGACUCUCGGAGCAUUGCCGAGAGGGUCAACAAGCUACUAGAACAGCUGACAGCGGCCGCGACGAACACCACCGAAGAUCAUUUCGACGAACUUCCCCGGUCGCACCCAGUCCUAGACAUCGUCGACGCUCUUGUCCAGCUCAUCAUCAAGACCCAACAGACCUCAGAGGAGUUUGCCGCCUAUGCCGCGAAUCAGAUCUCUCAGCUCCUCUUCCGCCAACCCGAGGGUGACCUGCUCCUGGAGAGCUUGGUACAUGUUCUGGAAACCCUUCGAAAGAUUGCCGGCCCCGUUAUCAGCGAACAGAUCCGCCAGUUAUUCCACCAACAACCGGGGCAGUUCUUCCUCAACCUGCCCCUCAUUACCGCGUUGCUCCGGACCGACCUUAUCGAUUGGAGGAGCAUCGACGCUGCCACAGCAAAGCUUCUGCAACAGCGCAAGGAAGGGUCGUUGACGUUUUUGGAGCAUGUCUUGGACCUUACGCUCCUAACUGACACCCCGCUAGCUCUAUUUGCUGACUUUGUGCGAAGUCUGGAGGAGGCAUGGACGUGGAUCACAGAGGAGCCAGAAGUUCCUGGCGGAGCCCGCUUCAAGGCCAAGGUGCUAGCCCCACCACCAGAUCUCCCCGUCGGCUUGAGCAACGAGGAACGAGACGCGAUCCAAUUGGAUCAGAUGGAUUACGUCUUUGAAGAAUGGACUCAUCUCUGCAACAACCACUUUGCGACCGAGAAGUCCACUUCCAUCUUUGUCCAGCAGCUGCGCUCUCGCCGUCUGGUUAGCAAGCCCGACGACUUCUUCCUCUUCACUCGGCAAGCCCUCGACAAGUCUGUUGAGCGGUUUGACCAAACCUGUUUGUCUGGAGGUAGCGUGACGGAAGGUUACCAUGCUAUUGAAGCGCUGGUCAAAUUGGUCAUGGUCUUCGUCAAGUCCCACGAGGACGACGACCAAUUGACCGCUGUGUCGUUCUUGGACUCGGCCUUAGCUCUCUGUGUGCUGGUGCUGAACUAUCAUCACCUCAAGCGCGGGGAGAAUUUCAACCAACGGGUCUUCUUCCGGUUCUUCGCGCUCAUCAUGCACGAGCUGGCGGAUUUGGUCGGGCAUCUUCCCGAGAGCGACUACCACCAAGCCAUCCAAAAGGUUGCGGCACGCCUGUACGACCUCCGACCGGCCGUGUACCCAGGAUUCCUCUUUGGUUGGCCGGAUCUGCUGACGCACCGUAACUUCAUGCCCGUGAUCCUACGCCUACCCGAUGGAGCGGGAUGGGCACCAUUCACAAAGCUGCUUACCCAGUUCUUUGAGUAUGUGGCCAACCUUCUAAAGCCGCUCGACGUGCCGCCUCUAGGCAAAAUCAUGUACCAAGGGGUGUUGAGAUUGCUGGGCAUCCUCCACCACGAUUUCCCCGAGUACCUUGCUGCAAACCACGCAGAGCUGUGCCGGAGCCUGCCACCGCACACGACACAAAUUACCAAUUUCAUUCUUGCCGCCACCCCGGCCACGGUUAACAAGCUCCCUGAGCCCCUUCAACCGGGGCUCAAGGUAGACAGGCUUCCCGAGAUGAGGGAGCCCUGUUUGACCUUGUUUGACUCGGCCGGCGUACUUCGCGACAUUGGGCUGCUCCACAUCCUAGAGCACGCGCUGCAAAAUGGCCCGUCGGAAGAUGCGAUUGCCCAGAUCAGCCACGCCAUCAACAAGGUUGAAGAGGAGGAGACCAUGUUCGGUUUCGUCCCGAUUCCGGUGAAUCGGAAGGUCAUCGAUGCGGUGGUUGCCCAAUUCGCUCACUUUGCCGUCACCCGCGCGGGCACCAAGAGCGAGUCAACCAUCUUUGUGUCUGGUGCAUCGGACUUCAAGACGCUGCACAUGCUCAUCAGCGAGAUAUCUCCCGAAGCGAGAUACCAUCUCCUCUACAGCAUGGUGAACGAGCUAAGGUUCCCGAACGCGUCGACCAACUACUUCAGUCAGGCGCUCCUCGAACUAUUUGGGCAGAACAUGUCAGACCCGGAGGGGGCGGAUAUCUGCCAGCAGAUCGCGCGCGUCCUGCUCGAGAGGAUCAUGGGGUUCUUGCCACAUCCGUGGGGCGUAAUGGUCACCACGCUCGAAUUGAUCAAGAAUGAGAAGUACAACUUCUUUGAGUUGGGAUUUAUCAAAGCAGUGCCGGAGGUCGGUCAGCGGUUUGCUGAGCUCAUCCGCUCCGCGUAA